UUGAGCGACUUUGUGGGGCAGCCUUGGCCUCAGCGGCGGCCAGAGAGGCGCGCGGGAGAACGCGGGGACGCCCGCCGGGCCAGCCGGAGCGGGCGAUGGGGCCCGUGUGAGCGCGCCCAGGCCCAGCCCGGUGCCCGGCGGGCGGCAGCAUGUCCGCGGGCGGCAGCGCCAGGAAGAGCACCGGGAGGCCCUCCUACUACUACCGGCUGCUGAGGCGGCCCCGGCUGCAGCGACAGAGGAGCCGCUCCCGCAGCCGGACCCGGCCCGCCAGGGAGUCGCCCCAAGAAAGGCCGGGCUCCCGGCGCAGCCUGCCUGGCAGCCUGUCGGAGAAGAGCCCCAGCAUGGAGCCCUCAGCCGCCACGCCCUUCCGGGUCACGGGCUUCCUCAGCCGCCGCCUCAAGGGCUCUAUCAAGCGCACCAAGAGCCAGCCCAAGCUGGACCGCAACCACAGCUUCCGCCACAUCCUGCCGGGGUUCCGGAGCGCCGCCGCCGCCGCCGCAGCCGCCUCCGCCGCGGACAAUGAGAGGUCCCAUCUGAUGCCGAGGCUGAAGGAGUCACGCUCCCACGAGUCUCUGCUCAGCCCCAGCAGCGCGGUGGAGGCGCUGGCCCUCAGCAUGGAGGAGGAGGUGGUCAUCAAGCCUGUGCACAGCAGCAUCCUGGGCCAGGACUACUGCUUUGAGGUGACAACGUCGUCGGGAAGCAAGUGCUUCUCCUGCCGGUCAGCGGCCGAGCGGGAUAAGUGGAUGGAGAACCUGCGGCGAGCAGUGCAUCCCAACAAGGACAACAGCCGGCGCGUGGAGCACAUCCUGAAGCUGUGGGUCAUCGAGGCCAAGGACCUGCCGGCCAAGAAGAAGUACCUGUGCGAGCUGUGCCUGGACGACGUGCUGUACGCACGCACCACGGGCAAGCUCAAGACAGACAAUGUCUUCUGGGGCGAGCACUUCGAGUUCCACAACCUGCCGCCCCUGCGCACCGUCACCGUCCACCUGUACCGGGAGACCGACAAGAAGAAGAAGAAGGAGCGCAACAGCUACCUGGGCCUGGUGAGCCUGCCCGCCGCCUCGGUGGCCGGGCGGCAGUUCGUGGAGAAGUGGUACCCGGUGGUGACGCCCAACCCCAAGGGCGGCAAGGGCCCCGGGCCCAUGAUCCGCAUCAAGGCGCGCUACCAAACCAUCACCAUCCUGCCCAUGGAGAUGUACAAGGAGUUCGCCGAGCACAUCACCAACCACUACCUGGGGCUCUGCGCCGCCCUCGAGCCCAUCCUCAGCGCCAAGACCAAGGAGGAGAUGGCCUCAGCCCUGGUGCACAUCCUGCAGAGCACCGGCAAGGUGAAGGACUUCCUGACUGACCUGAUGAUGUCCGAGGUGGACCGCUGCGGAAACGAGCACCUCAUCUUCCGGGAGAACACACUGGCCACCAAGGCCAUCGAGGAGUACCUCAAGCUGGUGGGCCAGAAGUAUCUGCAGGACGCACUAGGCGAGUUCAUCAAAGCGCUCUAUGAGUCAGACGAGAACUGUGAAGUGGACCCAAGCAAGUGCUCGGCCGCUGACCUCCCCGAGCACCAGGGCAACCUCAAGAUGUGCUGCGAGCUGGCCUUCUGCAAGAUUAUCAACUCCUACUGCGUCUUCCCGCGGGAGCUGAAGGAGGUGUUUGCCUCAUGGAGACAGGAAUGCAGCAGCCGCGGCCGGCCCGACAUCAGCGAGCGGCUCAUCAGUGCCUCCCUGUUUCUGCGCUUCCUCUGCCCGGCCAUUAUGUCGCCCUCGCUCUUCCACCUGCUGCAGGAGUACCCCGACGACCGCACUGCCCGCACCCUCACCCUCAUCGCCAAGGUCACCCAGAACCUCGCCAACUUCGCCAAAUUUGGCAGCAAGGAGGAGUACAUGUCGUUCAUGAACCAGUUCCUGGAGCACGAGUGGACCAACAUGCAGCGCUUCCUGCUGGAGAUCUCCAACCCGGAGACCAUCUCCAACACAGCUGGCUUCGAGGGCUACAUCGACCUGGGCCGUGAGCUCUCCAGCCUGCACUCGCUGCUCUGGGAGGCCGUCAGCCAGCUGGAGCAGAGCAUUGUAUCCAAACUGGGGCCUCUGCCACGAAUCCUAAGGGACGUCCACACAGCGUUGAGCACCCCAGGCAGUGGGCAGCUCACAGGGACCAACGACUUGGCCUCCACGCCUGGCUCUGGCAGCAGCAGCAUCUCAGCUGGACUUCAGAAGAUGGUGAUUGAGAACGAUCUCUCUGGUCUGAUAGAUUUCACCCGGUUACCGUCUCCAACCCCCGAAAACAAGGACUUGUUUUUUGUCACAAGGUCCUCCGGGGUCCAGCCCUCACCUGCCCGCAGCUCGAGUUACUCGGAAGCCAACGAGCCCGAUCUUCAGAUGGCCAACGGUGGCAAGAGCCUGUCCAUGGUGGACCUCCAAGAUGCCCGCGCGCUGGACGGGGAGGCGGGCUCCCCAGCAGGCCCCGACGCCCUCGCCGCCGAUGGGCAGGUGCCCACCGCUCAGCUGGUGGCUGGGUGGCCGGCCCGGGCAGCCCCAGUGAGCCUGGCAGGGCUGGCCACUGUGCGGCGGGCAGGCCAGACGCCGACCACACCGGGCACCUCGGAGGGUGCACCAGGCCGGCCCCAGCUGUUGGCACCGCUCUCCUUCCAGAACCCUGUGUACCAGAUGGCGGCCGGCCUGCCGCUGUCUCCCCGCGGCCUCGGCGACUCGGGCUCCGAGGGCCACAGCUCCCUGAGCUCCCAUAGCAACAGCGAGGAGCUGGCGGCUGCCGCCAAACUGGGAAGUUUCAGCAGUGCCACCGCCGCUGCUGCUGAGGACCUCGGACGGCGCCCUGGGGAGCUGGCACGGAGGCAGAUGUCGCUGACUGAGAAGGGCGGGCAGCCCACGGUGCCCCGGCAGAACAGCGCCGGCCCGCAGCGGCGGAUCGACCAGCCGCCACCCCCGCCCCCACCACCACCUCCUGCCCCCAGAGGCCGGACGCCACCCACCCUGCUGAGCACCCUGCAGUACCCACGGCCCUCAAGCGGGACCCUGGCGUCGGCCUCGCCCGACUGGGCUGGCCCCGGAGCCCGGCUGCGGCAGCAGUCCUCCUCCUCCAAGGGCGACAGCCCCGAGCUGAAGCCUCGUGCGGUGCACAAGCAGGGCCCUUCACCCGUGAGCCCCAAUGCCCUGGACCGCACGGCCGCCUGGCUCUUGACCAUGAACGCGCAGUUGUUAGAAGACGAGGCCCUGGGCCCAGACCCCCCCCACAGGGAUAGGCUAAGGAGUAAGGAGGAGCUCAGCCAAGCCGAAAAGGACCUGGCAGUGCUGCAGGACAAGCUACGAAUCUCCACCAAGAAGCUGGAGGAGUAUGAGACCCUUUUCAAGUGCCAGGAGGAGACCACCCAGAAGCUAGUGCUAGAGUAUCAGGCACGGCUGGAGGAGGGCGAGGAGCGGCUACGACGGCAGCAGGAGGACAAGGACAUCCAGAUGAAGGGCAUCAUCAGCAGGUUGAUGUCAGUAGAGGAGGAGCUGAAGAAGGAUCACGCGGAGAUGCAAGCAGCCGUAGACUCCAAACAGAAGAUCAUCGAUGCCCAGGAGAAGCGCAUCGCCUCACUGGGCGCCAACGCCCGCCUCAUGAGCGCCCUGACACAGCUGAAAGAGAGGUACAGCAUGCAAGCCCGUAACGGCAUCUCCCCCACCAACCCCACCAAAUUGCAGAUUACCGAGAACGGCGAGUUCCGAAACAGCAGCAAUUGUUAACCUGCCCGAGGAGAGGGAGGACUGUGGUGGCCCAGGGCGGGGUCUCGGCCUGGGGAGGAGCAGCCCCAGCGCAGGGGGCGAGAGGCCGAGGCUCGCCUCCCCCUCCACCCAAGGUCCAGGAGGCGGCCGCAGAGGGAGCCUCGAGAGACUGAGCAGCGAGAGCGGGGGCACCGGCCCGCUCCCCGAGAAGCGAGUUCGGUGCAGGCCAAAGAGACUGCAGGCUGGGGAGUGGGGACAGCCUGGGGGGAGCAGGGGCCUGCCGCAGCGUGUCUCUGUUGGCGUUGAAUGUGGCGUGGCGUGCAUCACCUGGCCGAGUUCACCAACCCCUCCUCCCCAGGGAGGGAGCUGCCCGGAGAGGUGGCGGGUGGAAGAGCCCAGGGCCUGUUCGCGUGGCGUGUUCCCGUGGCUUCCCCGUGCCUCCUGCCCUGUGGGCCUGCCCCUCAGUUCCAGGAGCUGACUGUCUGCAGGCAGGGAGAGGGUGCGGGGGAUGGAGCCGCCAGAGUUCUGGGUCCCCACCCGUCUCCACCCUGAGCACCUGUCACUGCAUGCGCGGGGACCCUCCCUGGCCGUGAGAAACCAAGGAUUCACCCCCAUACCUGUCCCAGACUCUCCACCUUCCCCCUUCUGCCCUCCCUUCCUAACCUGUUCUGCCACACAAACCCGCUGGGGAUCGCAGCCCUUUUUUAUUCUGGGCCCUCGUACCUGCGGGCAGCUCCAGAGCCUCCGUCAUUUGCUAUGUGGGCGCGGGCUGAUGCUCUGGGGCUCCCCCAGCCAAAGAUCUGGGCAGAGUUGGCGCCGGAGGCACCGCGUGGUGCCUGCCCUUCUCUUGGAGCUAGUGUACCAGGGUGCAGUGGCCCCGCAGGGAGUGGCCAGCUGGUGCUGCCCCCGAGAGACAGGCUGAGCUGUCCUGAUUGAUGGUUAAAAAAAAAUUCUAACACCCACAGGCCCUGAGAAGGUGGAUAACUGUGAUUUUUUUUCCUUUCACAGUAUGCAUUAGAAACAAAAGCCCGCUUGCUCGCUUGCUGGAACACAGGGGCCUUUUAAAUUGAGCGUGCGCACUGCAUGGGAAAUAGCGGCCCUGGAGGAUGUUAGACUUGCUCCCUCUCCAAGACAGCAGCAGCCUGCACCCGCCCGCGUGUGCGGCGGCCUCUGCCUCACCCCUCCCGGGCCCAGCCUCGGACCCAGGCGCUGCAGACAGGGGAGGGGCACACCCCAGCGCGGGGCCCACCCCCUCAGCGCUAGGCUAUUCUGUAGCUGGUCAGCCCUCCCCGCCCCCCUUGUGGGACAUAAGUGGGCAGGAGCUUGGGUCUCUCUUGUCCCUCCUGGGUCCCACCCCUGGCCCUGGGGAACCCCCCGGCAAGAGCUGGGGCGCUUGCCCCACAGGGGAGCUGGGCUGGGUCUGCUGUGGGAGCUGCCCCUUUUGCCUCAGCCCUACGAAGCUGAGGAGGCCUUUCUGCUCCUGGGGUUGGAGACUCCACUGGAAGAGGGGCGCGGGCGGAGUGGCCCACGUGCACCCCAUCCUGGGCCUGUGCUCUGGGCGGGCUCUUAGAUGAAGCCCGCAGGUCCCUUAGGCCAGAGCCCUGCUGGUGGGGAGAGGGCAGGACCCCCUGGGGUCAGACCUCAGGAAGGAGGGCCUUGGGGCUGAGGCCCGGCCCCACUCCUCCGGCCGCAGGGGCAGGGCCUGGCCCAGCGACGCCCUCCUCUGGUUCAGUCUCGCCCCUGCUACCCAGUGCGCCCGCCCCUCCUCCCUCCCCCCUCCCCCACCGCUGCCUCGUCGCGAGACCUCGGACCCAGCGCCUCUUAGCAAUACAGGGGGAGGUUCCCAGGGCCUGGCCCUCGGGCUCAGGAGGCCAGCUGGGGCCGGUGCUGGCGGCCCUUGGCCUGGGUUGUGAGUUCUCAGGCCAAGAGCCUUACUUAGUGCAAAAACUGUAAAAGUGUACAGACUCUCCACAGAUUUUUAUCUGAAUUGCAAGUCUGACAAUUUUUGUAAAUGUUCUUGGUGUUUGACUGUAAUGUAACUAUUUCAAAACCUAAUGGUUGUACAUAGUCCUUUAGUCCUGGUGCUGCCGAGGGCUGCCCGGGACCGCUGCUCUCCGAUGGUUUUUAUUUUAUUUUUAAUCUAGAGAACAGUAUUGGGCAGGAGGCAGAGGUUGGGGAUUUGGGCAUGGGGGUUCGUCCCUGCUGUGGCAUUGAUUUGUUGGCUUUGCGGCACGCUGUCGGGGUGAGGUGGGGACGUGUACCCACGUCCCAGAGGGCAGGUGGGCGAGGGAAGACAAGUCCCUGUUGGGGGGCCCCAGGCCCCAGGCCCAGCCUUGCUGGAGAAGGCUCUCCCCUCCCCUCUCCUGCCAACAGAGGCCUGACUUUUUUUGCUUGACUUUCAUGUUUAGGGUGAAGGAAAACUGCCAAACUUCCUAUAAGCGAAGACUCUUUCUGACUGCCCAGAGGGGGGUGGGGAGCCAAGGCCAGAGCUCCAGGAGCCCCCACCCGGCAGGGCAUCUGCCCCGGGUGCGCCCCCGCCCCCCACACCCCGUCUGUCUGCAGCAGGCAGACUGUCCAGGGAAACAGCCCCUCUUUUCUACACACUCGGCCCCAAGCUGCCCCCCGCCCCCACUCCACCUCCCUGCCCCCCCUUUUGUAAGUAUGUGAAAAGGAAAAAAUGCAAACGGAGUCCUGGCCGGAGCUCCUCCCUCCAGCUGUGACUCUAUGUAAUAAUGUACAGAGAAAGUUGUUGGUGUUCUAAGACUGUGUGGCUGUGCAAUUUCUGUACAUUUGCAAUUAGAAAUAUUAAAGAUUUAUUUAGCUAUUUUAA